AUGACCUCUCUGUGCGGUGCGCUGAAGCUCAGGUACGGCUUUGAGAUUGUAGUGGGCGGUUGGAACAACGGUCAAUCAGUGCUGCGAACGCAGCCAACUCUUCAAACUCUGGGCAACUACUACGGUGCACUGCUGGACCCGUCGGAGAUGCAAACAUUCUGGGUCUACUAUGCCUGGGAUGGCAAUCUCAGUGUUGGACGGGGGGAGGUCUUCUGGGAGAUGGGCUUCCUCCACGGCUCCUACCUGACCACCAACCUGGUCAGCAUGCGAAAUUGGUACGACAGCGUCUCCCAGGCUAGCCUUCUCAAUGAGGUGCACAUCAGCACUGGCUGGGGAGCUGUGGGAAGCUGGGACGUGCGGCUCGUGGACGGCUUCGCCGGGAUGACGAUCGGGGAUCUGGCAGAUUCUUCAGGUGUCGAUGCUACCUCGGCCUGUUGUGCGUGUGGCGGGGGUGUUUCUGGCAGGCCAUGUGAGCAGCGUGUCAAUGGCCAGCUUCCCUUCCAAGCGCGCGGUGAUGUCGCAGGAAGUACAGAGGGAAGCAGAAGGCUUAGCGGCCUUGGCGGCUUUGCCUCGGACCCGCUGCUCUUGGGAGUGCCGGGCACAAAUGGAUUUACCUUGAGCCUUAACUUCACCAGCUGUGCAGUAACACAAGAGUCCGAUCCUUCGGGCGACUGGUGCACCUUGGAGGCUGUUAUCGCCCCCGGCAUGGCGAAAAGCCGCGUGAUAACGCCUUUGACAAGCGUGUGGACUCAGAUCCUGGAUCCGGGCUGCCGUAUCAUGGACCAUCACCAGGUGGGCUCCAGCUACAUGUGGCAAGCCACGGGCUGCAACAUGACCGCCGGGGGGCUCUAUGUCUUGGCCUUGCAUCUGACCACAAGUCAAGGUGAUGUGCUUCUGCUGAUGGACUUGCAGAUUCCAGGUAAGCCGACAUACACGCCAAGUUCCGUCGUCUUCAGCGACUCCGAUGUUCGUCGUGGCUACCUGCUGGGUGAGGUUACGAUUGAAGGUGCAGAGGACGAAAGCAACAUCCUGCAGUAUCGCGCGUACUAUGGACGAUCCAACGACACGAGGGUGAACUUCCUCUCGGACGAGCGUGCUGCGGGUAUCGGAUGGGUGAAUACCUAUGCCGAUGGAGGCUUGCGAAAUGGAUACAACAACGAAUGCCUGUAUGGAGACUGCAGCUGGAAGAUGCAGUUGUCAAAGACCGCUGGGAACGGUCGACCGUACAACCAGUACCUCAUCAGGCAUGAACACACGGGGAAAUGCCUCUGUUAUGCGAAUGCAGUAUUGUCGCAAACCGAAUGUUAUGCCAACUUGCUGACCGUGGAUAGUCCUACGGCCUACAAGUACUUGCCAUCUGGCAACGGUGCUUUGAUCGAUAGGAACAACGAGUUCUACAAGACCGUCUGGUACAGAGACAUUGGUGAUCGAGCAACCAAAACUGUGGAAUCCGUCCUUGCCAUCAUGCAGCAGGUCUGCGACGACUUCGGUCCAUGUGUGGGCGUCCUUAUCGCCGAGACCAACUUUGAUGGCAUCAUCCUCCUGGAUCGAACCUACGGCACUGAAGAAUAUCCUGGUCGGGGCCUCAAAAAGACGUUGAGGACCCUGCGAGGGAUGCCAAAGGCGAAGGCAAAGGAGUCAAAGGAGGCAAAGGUCUCCGAGGAUGAGCUGAGAGCCGAGCUCCGCGAGUUGUUAGAGGCGCAAGCAGCCUGGAACAAGGAAGUCCUGGACUCCACGGAGGACCGCGACUCCGCAGCGGCGCAGGUAGCCGAGGCAGAGGCUCUGCUCGCUGCAGAGCACGAAGCCAUUGAGGAUUUGGAGCGAGAAUGCCACAGUCUUGAUGCUCGACUGAGCCAAGCAAAGGCUGAGGAGGCGAACUGGACCAAGCUUGCGGACAACGUGGUCAACGAGCUGGAGAGCCUGGAGCCUCGCAAGGGCAAUGGGAAGGAUGGCAAUCAUGGCAAUGGCAAGGACGGCAAAGGCCGCAAGGGUACCAAGCGCAGCGACAAGGAGACAGCCUCGCUCGGCUUCACUCACUCCCAGCUUCUCGCAAGCUUGCCUCGCGAGAGUGCGGCCGUGAAGGCCAGCGAGGAGAUGGCCGGCUUGCAAGCGGCGGUCGAGACGGAGCGGCGCCGUGCUGAGGUGGAGGAUGCGGAGGCAGAGCAGAAGAAGCGCCAAGUCGCCGAGCAGCAGUGCAUGUUGCUGAGGGCACUCUUGGACAUGGUCACAGGCUCCGGCGAGCUCUCGAAGUCCGAGACGGCGACUUUGGUGCAGCAGCUGGCCGGACUGGAAAGGCUCAGCGAAGAGCAUCCCUUGGCUUGGUCCUUGCUUGCUCAGCAAGCGGAGAGCAACGGCGUGGCCCGCCGCGAGCUCCUGGAGACCUGCAACCAGGAGCUUCGGCGACGCAGGAGAUCUGCCGAAGAGUUGCUGGAUGCGGAGCGCUUGCCUCUGCUGCUGAAGGUCUUGGAAGCAGAGGGCUUGUUCUCCGGAAGUUGGACUAUCCCCGAGGAUUCAGGUCUCACCGCCAGGCUGCAGCGGCGUGUGAUCCGCGACGGCCGUCGAGACUCAAAGAGCUAG